AGGACCCUGUACUCCAGUCUCCAAACACAAUCUCUCACCCCAUGAAUCACCAUCACCCCCCUUUCUCCUACUUAGGACUCAGUCCUCAAAACAACCGUCCUCCAUCACUUUCCCCCAGGGACCUCUCCAUCCUUCAUCCCCAGCACCCCUCCUCGUCAUCCUCUCCUGCAAGGGCCCUCUCUCUCUUUCACCCCCAGCACCCUUCCCCAAAGCCAUCUCUUGCUGUCUCUGUCCACCUUUCCCCCACCCAACCCAUACCCCCUCGUAAGGUGACUACUGCGUGCCUGAAAACAGCUCAGGCCAGAGCCGUACAGUUUCUAGCGCAGGGAAGGAAGAAGGCGACGACCAGAAUCACCUUAGCUCCCGCUGAAAGUGUCAAGCCCCGAGAAAGGGAUUAAACCUGAGAACAGGCACGAUCGGGGGCAGCCUUGAUCUGCGCCGGCCGGUGUAGAAGGCCCCCCUCCCCGCGAGGUCUGCGCCGGUCUGUGAGGAAGGCCCCUUUGUUGUGGUGGCUGCCGGGCGCUGCUCUCUGCGGCCGGUGGCGAUGCCGCUGUACGAGGGCCUGGGGAGCGGCGGGGAGAAGACGGCGGUGGUGAUAGACCUGGGAGAAUCUUUCACCAAAUGUGGUUUUGCAGGAGAAACAGGACCAAGAUGCAUUAUUCCUAGUGAAAUAAAGAAACCUGAUAUUCCUAAGCCUAUCAAAGUCGUUCAGUAUAAUAUUAACACAGAAGAGCUGUAUUCAUAUCUGAAGGAAUUUAUUCACAUGCUGUAUUUCAGACAUCUGCUGGUGAAUCCCAGAGACCGCCGCGUUGUAAUAGUGGAAUCUGUGCUAUGUCCCUCACACUUCAGAGAGACACUCACUAGAGUUCUUUUCAAGUAUUUUGAGGUUCCUUCCGUGUUGUUUGCCCCAAGUCACCUGAUGUCUCUUCUGACACUUGGGAUUAAUUCUGCUAUGGUUUUAGACUGUGGAUACGCAGAAAGUCUUGUGCUGCCUGUAUAUGAGGGAAUCCCAGUUUUGAGUUGCUGGGGUGCCCUUCCCUUAGGAGGAAAAGCAAUUCACAAGGAGCUGGAGAAUCAGUUGUUGGAGCAAUGCACUGUUGACACAGGAGUAGCUAAAGGACAAAGACUCCCAUCAGUGAUGGGCUCAGUUCCAGAAGACAUUGUAGAGGAUAUAAAAGUCCGCACUUGUUUUGUGAGCGAUCUCCAACGUGGGCUGAAAAUCCAGGCAGCAAAGUUUAACAUGGAUGGCAGUGCUGAGCGUCCUUCACCACCUCCAGAUGUAGAGUACCCUCUAGAUGGAGAGAAGAUUCUGCAUGUAGUUGGAUCAAUCAGAGACUCAGUUGUUGAAAUAGUGUUUGAGCAGGAUAAUGAAGAGAAAUCAGUUGCCACUUUAAUACUGGAUGCACUUAUUCAGUGCCCAAUAGACACCAGGAAGCAGCUGGCUGAGAACUUAGUAGUUAUUGGUGGCACUGCUAUGUUGCCAGGAUUCCUACACAGAUUAAUGGCUGAAAUUAGGUACCUGGUUGAUAAACCAAAAUACAAAGAAGCACUUGCCACUAAGACCUUCAGAAUUCACACUCCACCUGCCAAACCCAACUGUGUAGCUUGGCUGGGAGGAGCCAUUUUUGGAGCUCUUCAGGACAUACUUGGAAGCCGUUCAGUGUCCAAGGAAUAUUACAGUCAGACAGGCCGUAUACCUGACUGGUGCUGUCUCAAUAACCCUCCUUUGGAAAUGAUGUUUGAUGUUGGCAAAGCCCCACCACCAUUGAUGAAGAGGGCUUUUUCCACUGAGAAAUAAGCAUCUGAAUACAACACAGCUGCAUAAGGGUUCCUUUCAUGUAUUUCAAGCAGACCUGUACAAGUUGCUUCUUAUGCAGUAAGUGAAUCAGGUGUAACACUGUUUAAAAUUAAUUAUAUAGGUGUGGCUUGGGAGCAUCUUGUUAGCUGGAACUAUAUUGAAGUUGGAUACAAUUCUACAUUUAGAUUUAAAAAAACCCAAAACACUGGUUUUGACAACGGUGAUGUACUUGUUUUGUUUUUUUUUUUCCUUUCUAUGGAAAUAUUGUAACUGGCACAAGUUGUUAACUACCAAGUUGUUUGCUCUAUACAUAUAUGUAUAGUUACAAAAUUAAGAGGCAUUGUUUCAGAUGUUUUUGUUUUGUUUUAAAUAUCUUAGAAGAAUGCGGGAGAUUCCUUGUUACCUGAAACCAUCUGUGGAAGUUUCUCUGCCAAACUCUGCAUAAAAUGUUGCACAUGUUAACAUAACCUGUUGGUUCAUACAUUAAAAUGUCUCCUGGAAA